GGUGUAAGGAAUUACUCGCUGGACGCAUUAAUGCAUCAAUACAAUGGCCGCGGUAUAAUGUCCAGGGAGUGACACAGACCCCGGACAAGUUAUUGCUCUGCAGUGUUUUGGUAAUGAAUUCACUUUCAGAUUUUGGCCAGUUUAGAACAUACUUGAGGACGUGAAUUGAAACUGUUGUGGAUGCCCUAGAACCGCAGAGAUCAACCCCAAUGUCUAUGUCAAAUUGAACACAUCAUGCACUAGCUUCAUAAACUUACGUAGUGGAGAUAUGAUCUUUGCUGGCCGGACCAGUGUUCUGUCAUCCAUCCCUAAUAGUCCUUGAAAGAUGGUGGUGAGCUGCCUUCUUGACUUGCAGUCCAUUUUGUGGAUCUUCCUAAAGAAGCUACCUUUCAAAGUAUGCCAGUUGUAUAGAUCUAUUGAAAUGCACUGAACGUCUCGCAAAACACCAGGAUUUCUGUAACAAGUCCAAGCGUCUGAGAUUUGGAAGAAUGGUUUGUGUUGCAUUCAGUUGGUUCCUGAGUGUGAUCAUGAGUUGCUACCUAACACGAUCAGCCUGGUGUCUGAAUCCUGAUGAUCCCAAUGUGUGCAGCCAUUGGGAAAGUUAUGCAGUCACUGUUCAGGAAUCCUAUGCCCAUCCAUUUGACCAAGUCUACUACACGAGAUGUACUGAUAUUCUUAAUUGGUUUAAAUGUACCAGACACAGAAUCAGUUACAAAACAGCUUAUCGCCGAGGUCUAAGAACAAUGUAUAGAAGAAGAUCACAGUGCUGCCCUGGAUAUUAUGAAAGUGAUGAUUACUGUGUCCCACUGUGCACAGAAGAAUGCAUGCAUGGGAGAUGUGUUUCCCCAGAUACCUGCCAGUGUGAGCCUGGUUGGGGAGGAACAGACUGUUCAAGUGGCUGUGACAGUGAACACUGGGGACCCCAUUGCAGUAACCGUUGCCAGUGUCAAAACAGAGCCCUGUGCAACCCCAUCACUGGGGCCUGUGUCUGUGCUGAUGGAUAUAAGGGAUGGCGGUGUGAAGAACCCUGUGACCAUGGAAACUAUGGCAAAGGAUGUCAGUAUAAGUGUCAGUGUCAAAAUGCAGCGACUUGCGAUCAUGAGACUGGAGAAUGCCAUUGUUCUCCAGGUUACACUGGCGCCUUUUGCGAAGAACGCUGCCCAUCUGGCAGCCAUGGAGCCCACUGUGAAUUACGGUGCCCAUGUCAGAAUGGUGGCAAAUGUCACCAUAUCACUGGAGAUUGCACUUGUCCAGCUGGUUGGAUGGGAUUGGUUUGUGCACAGCCAUGCCCAUUUGGAAAGUUUGGCAUCAACUGUACCCAAGACUGUCCUUGUCAUAACGGAGGGCAGUGUGACCAUGUGACCGGUAAAUGUCAUUGUAUAGCUGGAUAUACAGGUGACAGAUGUCAGGAGGAGUGCCCUGUUGGCAGCUAUGGCUUACAGUGUGCCCAAAGGUGUGAGUGCCUCAAUGGAGCUGAAUGUUACCAUGUUAAUGGAGCAUGUCUUUGUGAGCCAGGGUUCACAGGAGAUCGUUGUCAAGACAGCAUUUGUCCAGAUGGGUUAUAUGGACUGAAGUGCCACAAGCAGUGCCCUUGCAAUGGCAAACAUAGUCAAAGCUGCCACCCUUUAUCUGGUGAAUGCUCCUGUAAAGCAGGCUGGACUGGCCUGUACUGCAAUGCGACUUGUUCCUCUGGGUUUCAUGGAGAGAACUGUCAGCAAAUCUGUAACUGUCAGAAUGGGGCUGAUUGUGACAGAAUCACUGGUAAAUGUGUUUGUGCUCCAGGAUUUGAGGGAGAAGAUUGCUCCUUGUCAUGCCUUCCUGGUAAAUUUGGAGCCAACUGUUCAUCUACUUGUCGAUGCAAACAUGGUGGUACUUGUUCUCCUGUUCAUGGCUCCUGUAUUUGUAAAGCAGGUUGGCAGGGAGUGGACUGCUCGAUCCCUUGUUCCAGUGCUACAUGGGGGCUUUACUGCAACACUAGCUGUACCUGUGUCAAUGGAGCAGCUUGUAAUCCAGAAGAUGGCUCCUGCACAUGUUCCCCAGGCUGGCAUGGAAAAGAUUGUGACCAGCCAUGUCCGGAUGGAACAUAUGGCCUGAACUGUAGCAAACAUUGUGACUGCUGUCAUGCAAAUAGUUGUGAUCCAAUCACUGGAUUCUGUCACUGUGUAACAGGUUGGACUGGCAUUCGCUGUGACAGUGUGUGUCAGUGGGGGCGUUGGGGUCCAAACUGUUCCAUUUCCUGUAACUGUGAAAAUGGUGGCUCCUGUUCACCUGAGGAUGGGACUUGUGUGUGUGCACCUGGAUUUCGUGGAAUUACAUGCCAGAGGAUCUGUUCUCCUGGAUUUUAUGGCCAUCAUUGCAACCAAGCUUGUCCUCAGUGUGUGCACAGUAAUGGACCGUGUCAUCAUGUCACAGGGCGCUGUGAGUGCUUGUCGGGCUUCACCGGUUCUCUAUGCAAUCAAGUAUGUGCUGUUGGAAAAUUUGGCAAGAACUGCUCUCGUACUUGCUCCUGCUCAAACAAUGGCACUUGUAAUCCUAUCGAUGGCUCUUGUCAGUGUUUCCCAGGCUGGAUUGGAAAAAACUGUUCUCAGACUUGCCAGCCGGGUUACUGGGGUCCCAACUGUAUCCAUACAUGUAACUGCCACAACGGAGCAGUGUGUAGUACUUACGACGGAGAAUGUCGAUGUACACCAGGCUGGACUGGCUUGUAUUGCACGCAGAGGUGCCGAAUGGGCUUCUAUGGAAAAGAUUGCAUUCAACUCUGCAAAUGCCAAAAUGGAGCAGACUGUGAUCAUGUGACAGGAGAAUGCAUGUGUCGCACCGGAUUCAUUGGGAAACAUUGUGAGCAGAAGUGUCCUCCUGGUACAUUUGGCUAUGGCUGUCAACAGCUAUGUGAGUGCAUGAAUAAUGGCACCUGUGAUCAUGUGACUGGGACUUGCUACUGCACAUCUGGAUUCAAAGGCAUCCGUUGUGACCAAGCUGCUCUACUGAUGGAUGAACUAAACCCCUACACAAGAAUCAGUCCAGCACUAGCAUCAGACAAGCACUCCAUUGGAGCCAUAACUGGGAUCAUUAUUCUUCUGUUGAUAAUAGUUGUACUACUGGUUCUGUUCAUCUGGUACAAAUGGAAAAAGAAAGAGAAAGGACACGACAUGCCCAGUGUACAAUACACUCCUGCCAUGCGGAUAACUAAUACAGACUAUUCUCUCUCUGAUCCAUCUCAGAAUACCAGCACCUUUCACUGUUUCAACAACCCUAGUUACCACACAGUAUCCCAGUGUGGGAGACUCACCUGUUUUACCAAUAACUUGGAUGAAAGCUGCUUCAUUAAGACAAAAAAACAGCUUUUCUCAAGUCUCAAGAGAGUAGAGCUUUCUGGACAAGAAGGCUGUAGUCAAGCUUUCAACAGCUCAUUGCUUCCUGAAUGGAGAUACUACAGUAACUUGAAUGAUUUAGAUUAUGUGAAGGGCUCAGUGUGCAGUUCCAGCACAUGUUCGUUAAACAGCAGUGAGAACCCGUACGCUACCAUUAAAGACCCGCCAAUGUUAACCUGCAAGCAUUCUGAAAGCAGCUACGUAGAGAUGAAGUCCCCUGUUCACAGGGAUCCCCCCUACACGGAGAACGGAACCUCCACAAACAAAAACAUCUACGAAGUUGAGCCAACAAUAAGUGUAGUUCAAGGAGGUCAGGGAAUCACCCCAAGCUGCAGCCAGAACCCAUAUGACCUUCCUAGGAACAGCCACAUCCCAAGUCACUAUGACUUACUACCUGUGAGGCUGAGCCCAACACAUGUCUCGGAUGAUAAAGCAUGUAACAAAUCAAUCAAAGCAUGACUUUGGUCAACUCAUUUACUCCUUUGUAACUUGUUGCUUACAAGAAAUGGUGACAGAAAAGACAAAUCUUUUUGCCCUAAAAUCUGAUGAAACUCGAAAGAUGUCUUGUAAAUAAACUCCAAUCAUGAACAUAACAUGGACAUUGCAUACAAGCAAUCUGUCAGCCUCCCUCAUGUGCAUUUCUCUUGCUGCAUGGUAUUUAAAGAAAAAACAACUUCCAUAUAAUGACAUUGAAACAAGCAAGCUUGAUUCUAGAUUUGAAAACAGUUUGUUUCAAAAAGAUGUUGUCUAUACUACCUAGUUUGACUGAUUCAACUGUAACUGUGACUGUCAAGGAGAUGGAUUAAUCCAAUCAGCAACAAAAAUCAACAUUGGAGAUAUAAUUUCACUGCUGCAGGAGAAAAAAACACAAAACCUGGGAAACUUUAUAUUUCAUUUUAUUGUUACUGCUACUUAAUGCUGAUGGUUUAUUGAAAUAGAGACAUUGUUUAAGAGAAUUAACGAUGUACAGCCAGAGUUUCAUUGAUUACUCUAGUAGGCAUUUUAAACCCAACAAUCACUGUACAGAAGAUUGAUAGAAUGUUCCCUAAAGAUCUCAUUGAAGCAUGAAGAAUUGACAAUGUCAAAUUAUUCAUUAGGAUAUAGAAGAUUGUACAACAUGUGAAUUUUCAGGUUUUGUUUAAGCUGAACUAUAUAUUUGUACAUAAAGUAACUGCAGGUUGCUUCUCGAUCAGGCAUUGAAAGACCUUAAGAUGUAGUAGCAGAAGCAAGCUAUUUAGUCCAUUGUGUCUGCUCUACCGUUCAAUAACAUCAUGGCUGAUCUAAUCCUCAACUCACCUUUCCUGACUUUUCCCAACUUUUCUCUGGAUCCCUUACUUCCAUAAGUAAAAAUUUCUCCAUCUCAGCCUUGAAUAUAUUUAAAACACACCCUCUGGAGUCCAUUGGAGGCUAAGAAUUCUGCAAAUUCUAUAACCUCAGAAGAAAUUACUCCUUACCUGUCUUAAAAGGGCAGUCCCUUGAGAUUAUGCCCUUUGGUCCAAGACACUUCCACGAGGGGAACAGAGGAAGAUAAGAAAAAUUGUUAACAAUGGAGGAAUCUAAAACUGUAGAUGGAUAUAACGUCAGCUUUCUUCCAUAGCAUGGAGAUACAUAUUCUUGGAGAUGGAUGCAUAUGGAUAAUGAUAGGAUAGUGUAGGGGGAGGGGCUUAGAUUAGUUCAUAGGUUGGCACAACAUCGAGGGCCAAAGGGCCUGUUCUGCGCUGUAUUGUUCUAUGUUCUUAAUAGAUAUUUGAAGACUUAAAGCUGUCACAUUGAACUACCAUACUGUAAAAAUUCUUUGGAAAGGACUUGUAGCAUUGCUCUCAAAGCCCUAAUUGCUGUGAGUAAUCAGAUCAUUCUGUAGCUCAGAAUUAAUCAUGACAAUAUUGCAUCACAGGUCAAACCAUGUGAUGGGAUUACUAAAAAUGGAAUAUCCCCAUUUGGAUGACUAAUUAUUAAAGAAUAUGCUCCAGAGGGAGUGGAAGAUCCAGCAUAUAUUCACAUACGAGGAAGACUUAAGUCAGUCAUUCACAGUCUUAUUGAGUUUGUACAAAUUAAAGUUACAACCUGCAGUGUUCCAAGGUUUGGAAAUCUUUAAAAUAUCCUUCAUUCCUGUUUUGUUCAUCAUAUGCGUGAAUGUUGUGGUUUUAUUCAUUCUGGAGUCAGCAAUUUAUUUUUGCUAGAAGCUGGAUUUGUGAUCUGUGAAACUAGCUACAAAUUGAUACAGCAUUGCAUAAUAUCAUUUGAAACAGAGAGUUUGCAUUUAAUUUCAACAUUUGCCUAGUUAUUGAAUUUUAGUGUGUGGUUUAUGAUUAAAACAUUCUAAUUACUUGUUAAUGCAGGACUUGUCUAUUGCUGAAGAGAUAUGUCGAAAUUGUCCAGCUAAACAAAAAGCUGACAAUUUGUUGAGUAUGUCAAUGUAAGGGGGAAUAACACGUUGGCAAGUGAACUUAAUUGAUAAAAGGUAUUGUCAUGACAAAUGCACCAGUAAGAUAAUGAUAGUCAAGUAGCAGGCUCAAUUUAAAAUUUUAUUUAGGUUAGUCAAGAUGUUACCAUGAGAGAUUAUAGCAUGAGGGAUUAACCAGAGACAACUUGAACAGCUGUCUUUAAGAAGAGGCACUGAAUACAGACAUGUUAAAACACAGUCAUGUAUUUAAUAUAUAGCUUCUGUGCCAUAGUGCAAGCCUAACUGGCAGUCUCAAAUUUGUCAGUUUAAUUGAGCAUACAGGAUUAUUUAGUAAAUGUUGAUCCAAUCACACAUUCACAUCUAAAUAUUAGCUACUGUAUCUACAAUACUGCAAGCACAGGCUAAAGUUGGAUAUUUACAAUCAACAACCUUAAAAGGUCUGGUCUCAUGGCAUUCAUUCAUACUUGACAUCACAAGCCAUGAACACCAUAUAACAUUACUCAAUUGUGUUGAUUGGCAAAUGCCUUAUUGGCUUGAUUGCAGCAUCCUCGUAAUGAUGAAUACUACAUGUGUAGUUAUUGCAUAGUAACAGCCUGCAACAGCUAGCUUCACCCAUCACUGAAAUCUUUAGGCAAACAUACUUUUCCAGAGUAACCACAGGCAAAAAGCACAUGAGACCAAAGGACCUUAGGUCUGUUCAUAAGUUUGAACAGUAUACAGCAAGAAAUGAUCUGAUGUGGGUUGUUAUCAUGCAGGAUUUCCUUAAUGUGCUUCUUCCACAGCUAGAUUGCUCAGUACACAAAUGGCUUGGCCCUUUGAAGUCACCAAGAAGAUCAAUCUUAUAGCAGGUGGAACUAUGCAAACCUACUGCAUAAACUGACUAGUAAACAGUAUUGGAAAUCAAAGGCAAAACUUUUGGCUAGACAGAGCUUAUUUAAACAGUUUCAAUUAAUGAUGAAUGUACACUUAGUCUGUCAUUAAAAGGAGAUUCCUACUGGUGUGAAGUGAAAUAUAGUUAAGUAUAUGGGCUUUGUCAUAUCUUUCGCAUAUUUUGGGUACAAAUAUAUCUUGAAGGAACAAAACCCAAGAGAGCUAAGCUUAGAGGGCAUCCUUACGAUAACGCUAUUUAUUUUGGCAUAUAUGGCCUUGUUAAAACAAGUCAACUGCUUGCUGAUGAAGGGUCUAGGCCCAAAAUGUCAGCUUUUGUGCUCCUGAGAUGCUGCUUGGCCUGCUGUGUUCAUCCAGCUCCACACUUUGUUAUCAAUUGCUAGCUUGGUCUUUUUAAGCACUAAUGACACACGUCACCAUUAAAAUGGAAAAUGUGGUAAUGUUGGAUAUGCGAUGCAUGUUAUUUUGUAUGACUCACCUGCAAAUGCAAUGCGUUUUGCUUUACCCAUUGACUUUCAGGCUAGGGCCAGUUAUCAAUUAGAGGCAAAAAGGUAUUUUCUGGAGGAUGAACUGCAAAGAUACAGGUAUAAGGCAGCAUCAGCAAUAUUAAAGAGGGUAAAGAAACAAACAAGGAUGAAUACUAUUGUUCAGCUUUAAUAAAAUUGGCAAGUGGAAUCAAGAGGAAAAAUCAAUAACUUCAGGUGAAGUUGGUGAUUAACACAGGAAUUCUGCCAGAAGAUAAAUGUCAUUCAAUAACUUGUUUAUUAAAAGUGUUAGCUCCCUAGUGGGGAAAAAAAACAAUGGUAAGAGGUUUUCACUUACUGAUUUACAGAUCUUGUCAUAAUGUAAUUGACAGAAUCUGUCUAUGACAGAGCAAGCACCAAACAGAAGCAAAAAUCAGUUCAUACAAUUAAUUUGUAACCUUGCUUUGUGCACCACUGCAAAGUCACAAUGUUAUGUAAAGACAACAAAUUCUUAAUGUCCUGUGAUGGAUCUAGGAAUGAAAAAGAUGAAUAGUUGAUUUGUGCAGCUUAAUAUUUAUUACCUUUUAGGCAUUAAUGAGAGUUUUUAAAAUUUGCAAAAAACUGCCUGCAUAUGGUCAGUAGCAAGAAGUCAGUGGGCCAAGUCACUUUACCCUGUAAGAGGAUCCUCAUUAAAAUGGCAGCUCAGUGGUUAGCACUGCUGCCUCACAGCACCAGGGACCUAGGUUUGAUUCCACCCUCAACCAGCUGUGUAAGAAUUCUGCAUAUUUUUCCCCCAUGUCUGGACUGUGGGAGGAAACCCACGCAAAGAUGUGCAGGCUAGGUGAGUUGGCCAUGCUAAAUUGCCCAGUGUUAGGAGGUGUGUAACUUAGGUGGGUUAUAGGGGGAUGGGUCUGGGUGGGAUGCUGAGGAUCACUGGACUUGUGGCGCCAAAAAGGGCCUGUUUCCAUAGUAUGGGGAUUCUAUGAAAUAAAAACAGCAAUUAAAAUUCCAAAACAAGAGAAACACUGGGGUUGCAGACAGGGUAGUCAUCUGAGCCAGAAGACUCAGCUAGAAUAAACUAAAGGAUGGGUAAGGCAGCAGGAAAGUGGAGGAUCAUGCAAAAAAAGGUACAGCUUCUGAUGCUUCCAGCCUCCAUUGUUAUCAUGAUACCCAAAUUUAAAACAGAACAGCUGGAGUUUCCACAAGUAGCACUCCACUUCAGGAAUGAGUGGAUGGUUCAGCAUUUGGUGGGGGGGGGGGGGGUUGUAAAAUUUGAUUAAAAAUGGUGAACUGUAACUUAAACCAACAUUGCAAGCUUAAUUUUUGUUCAGUGUGAUUUUGAUGCUCAACAGGAUUAACAGUUUUAAAAUUCAGCAAACCUCAGCUUAAGAUGUGUGUCCAUUAAGGAUUUUGCACACUUCAAUUUAAAUUUGGUUGUUUUUAAAAACACUGACCUGGGGGCCAGAACAGUAGCAUUAAACCAGCUGCUCUAUAAUAUUUCACUUCAACCAGAUUGUAUAUGUAGAACAAACAUUUCUCUCCCCUCUUCUCCUCCCCCCCCACCCCCGUAGCUCCAAUGGGCAGGAGCUACUGGCCUCCAGUAACACCUUUUAGAACUGAUUUAUAGUAUGUUUGCUGUCAUAUUGUGUGAUGUAACAUUACUUUCACAAUUUCUGCCUUUUUAAACUUUAUGCAACUGUGCUAAUGGUGGUGUUGUCCAUUCAGGGGAAGUACUAUGUUCAUAUAGCCUCUUCUUGGAGAAUGUCCAGUCCACCAAUUUGAAAAACUGAAUGUGGCAGGGUCACAGUUGAAUGAUUCAGUACUUAGCCCUGUGGAGGUCACCUGCUGCUUUUCAUUUAGCAGACAACUGGCUGUGUUGAGCAUCCCUAAUCAGCUGAUACUGCAAAACAAAGUCUCUGGUGAGUGCUUCCCCUUCCUCAGUGUUCAAGAAAAAAAAAGUACCCUUCCUGCAGAACCUGAUUCCAGUUAUGGUUCUAGGUCUGAAUUGUCAUCUUAUAUUGAAGUAAUCCAAGCCAAUUCCCUUCCAUUUCAUUUUAAUAUAGAUUCAAGUACACAACAUUUUAAACCAUAACCUAAAAAUUGGCAAGAUCAUACUACAUGCACAAAAUACAAUUUACAAAACAAACAGUACUAGGAAAAAGAAGAAAGAGGCAAAUUAGUGAUGAGUUGACUCAAGAAAUGCCAUCUGUGUUGUUCACACUUCAUGAGCAUCCCAGAUUCAAAAACAAGCAUUUCCAUCUCAAAGCACCUACCAUAAAAAGGCAUGUUGGUGUUGUGUCCCUUGUCUUAUAACAUGAUAAGAUUUGCAAAGUGGCAUUAAAACCAUUUUACACUACCUGCAAGUAUAUAUAAUAUAAAAAUGCACAUAGCUGAUAUAAACAAUUCCAACAUGUUAGUAAAGACAGUUACAUGUUUAAUAUAAUUGCCACAUUUAAAUCAAAUUGAGUUGCAAAAUGAAAGACCAUAAGCACUACACAGGUACAAUGUAGAUGGAGGCUUGGAAUGGAUAGCAACUUGCAUCUCAGAUGUUUUGACAACACUGCAUCUUUGGUUUAUUCUCAGUAGUUGGAGGCAUGUGAAUAGGGACCACAUUGUUACUCGGUGACAUGUCAUUUUCACGUCUGUCUGACAUUUGCUUCUGAGACACAAUACGAUAAAUUUCUGAAGGGGAGAAAAUAAAUUUAAUGUAAUGUAAUCUUUUCACAGAUCAAGUCUUCAUUUACUAUUUGACGUCUAAAUUUUGCAGAGGUUCAGUCCUGGAGAGUUGCUGGAAAACAUGAUGCUGAACAGCAACUGUGUACAAUUCUACACAAAUGAAUGCUUAUUAGGGGUAACUGACACAAGUGCAGGCUGGAUUUCACUAAACUCAAGAAACAAGAACAAAGUCCUAUUCAUAAACCAAAGGCUUGUUAGCAAGAAGCAUGUCAGUCACGAAGAAUGGAUGAUAU